GAACUUGAUGGUUGAAUGAAAAGCAAUAUUUUUGUGUUUUUUGUUGAUACAAUCAAGUUAUUUAUUUUGUUUUUCAGAGUGGUCAUGUUUAUAAUUGCAACUAAGUUGUUUUUCAUAGCCCGUUAAAUGAGAAAUGCCUGAACAAGAUAAAAGGGAUUUCGAAGAGAGGUAUAACGCGUGUUUUGUGGACUUUGGACUUAAAAUAAUGACAGGACUUAUAAUCGGCAGCAUGUUGGGCGGGUUCUUCCUGCGUGGAUACAGGAAGUGGCCGAUGUACAUCGGCGCUGGACUCGGCGUUGGCAUGGCAUACAGCAACUGUGAAAACAGCCUGAACAACUUUCUGCUGGCUAUGGAUCCAAAAAUCUGUGUCAUAAAAAAGCAGCCGUGAUGCAACCUACUUGUUAAUAAUUUUGUCAUGUGUUUCGAAAAUUUUGAGUUAAUUUUGUUAAUAUUAUUGCAGAAAUAAAAUCUUUAAAAGUU